AUGCAAUCUUACCAGUGCAGCCCAUUAUCUACCCCUGAAGGUAUCGUAUCAACCUUCAAACAGUGCGCUAAACUUCAAAAGGACAAAGACCUGAAUAAAUUUGUGUCUGUGGUAGUAUUGGACGAAAUUGGGUUAGCUGAAGAUUCUCCCCUGAUGCCUUUAAAAACACUUCAUCCCCUUUUGGAAGAUGGCACAGCUACCACGGUAGAAACAGGAACAACCUCGGAUCAUCACCGUGUUGGUUUUAUUGGUUUAUCAAAUUGGGCGUUGGAUCCGGCUAAGAUGAACCGAGGCAUCAUGUUGAGUAGAGGAGUACCAAGUGAAGAUGAACUGUGUGAUAGUGCAAGGUUUGAGGCGAUUGUGACGAUUCUUAAUCUAAUACUUAACAUUCCAGUCUAUAAAUGCGUGAGGACUGCACUGUAUAUUUGAAAUCUUGGACGUUACCUAAGGUGGGGACUUACGUCCGGAUUAUGAAGAACAAUUAACCAGUUGAAAUACUAUUAUAGGAUAAGCUACGUCAGUUUAUUGAUUUGUUUCUAGUAUUUUAAUUGUUGUUUUUUUCAUUUUUAGGGGAAUUUGUUCUGGUAAUAAAGAUAUUCAGAGUCGUCUUGAAGAUUGUAUCUGGAGGUUAUGUAAUGGGUAUUUUGACCUUUAUAAACGACAAAGCGAUUCAAAAACACUACAAAAAUCCCAAAAAGACGAAUUCUUUGGACUUCGGGACUUUUACAG